AGCCAACACAACCUUCACGUUCUUCUCUUGCAAAGCUUUCACUUGUUGUGCAAGUCCUUCAUUCCUCUUUCUUGUUGUUGAGGAAUACAUAUCUUCCCAAUUAAAAAAAUGGCUAUUCGUAUGCCUCAUAUCCUUCGACGGGCGUCAUCACUGAAAGCAAACCAAGCAGCCUCAGCAGCAGUAGAUGUUCCCAAGGGCCAUUUUGCAGUUUAUGUUGGAGAGAGCGAAAAGAAGCGAUUUGUAAUUCCCAUAUCAUACUUGAACCAGCCAUCAUUCCAAGACUUGUUAAGCCAAUCGGAGGAAGAAUUUGGAUUUGAUCAUCCAAUGGGUGGUCUCACCAUUCCCUGCAGUGAAGACAUCUUCAUUGAUCUCACUUUUCGAUUGGGUGGAUCUUGAUUCAUCAUAGAGGACACUUGCUAGCAUUGUUUAGCAAACACGCAAUUUUGUAACAAAGCAGUAAUCGCCAUUUCUAUGUACAAACACACAAUUUCCUUUUCUUUUUCACAAGGAGGGAGGAAAAAAAAAUGUCAUCAGAAGAUUAUAGAUAGAUAUUAAUGGCAUUCUCUGACAUUUAAAUGCAAAAGUUUCAUUCCAUUGAAUUUU